AUGUUCAUAUUUAUCUGGGUUUGUUCAUAUCUAUCUAUCUAUCUAUCUAAUAUUGGAGAUUUCUAUGUCCACACACUCUCUAUCUAUCUAUCUAUCUAUCUAUCUAUCUAUCUAUUUCUUUCUUUCUUUCUUUUUAUUUCGGUUCGUUCAUACGUAUCUAUCUAUCUACCUCAAUAUAUUUAUUUAUUUAUUUAUUUUUAUUACAGUAUGAUCAUACGUAUCUAUCUAUCUCAAUAUAUUUUUCUUUCUUUCUUUCUUUCUUUCUUUCUUUCUUUCUUUCUUUCUUUCAUUCUAUUUCGGUAUGUUCAUACGUAUCUAUCUAUCUAUCUAUCUAUCUAUCUAUCUAUCUAUCUAUCUAUCUAUCUCAAUAUAUUUAUUUAUUUAUUUUUAUUACAGUAUGUUCGCACGUAUCUAUCUAUCUAUCUAAAUACAUUUCUUUCUUUCUUUCUAUUUCGGUAUAUUCAUACGUUUCUAUCUAUCUAUCUAUCUAUCUAUCUAUCUAUCUAUCUAUCUAUCUAUCUAUUUCUUUCUUUCUUUCUUUUUAUUUCGGUACGUUCAUACGUAUCUAUCUAUCUACCUCAAUAUAUUUAUUUAUUUUUAUUACAGUAUGAUCAUACGUAUCUAUCUAUCUCAAUAUAUUUUUCUUUCUUUCUUUCUUUCUUUCUUUCUUUCUUUCUUUCUUUCAUUCUAUUUCGGUAUGUUCAUACGUAUCUAUCUAUCUAUCUAUCUAUCUAUCUAUCUAUCUAUCUUCUCCUUUCUGUAUCUAUCUAUAUACCUAUGUUUUUCCAUAUCUAUCUAUCUAUCUAUCUAUCUAUCUAUCUAUCUAUCUAUCUAUCUAUCUUUUCUUCCCCUUUUAUAUUAAAUAUCUACUCAGGAAUAACACGGAUAUCUCUGCUCCCUUCGAUUGACAUUCUUUCUUUUUCUUCAUUUAUUUGCUAUUUUUUUCUUUCAUCUUUUUUUCUGUUUUUUCUUUUUAAUUUUAUUUAUGCAAACAUUAUUUCAUUUCCUAAGUUUUUUUUUAUUCCCCCCCACCUUUAUUUUUCAUUCAUUUUUUCUCGCUUUUUCUUUUUGAUUUUAUUCAUUCAAACAUUCUUUCGUUUUCUUUGUUUCUUUAUUUCUCCGCCCCCUUUAUUUUUCAUUCAUUUUCCCGCUUUUUUUAAAAUUGUAUUCAUUCAAUCAUUCUUCUGUUUUCUUUGUUUCUUUAACCCCCCCUUUAUUUUUCAUUCAUUUUUUUCUCGCUUUUUCUUUGCUUCUUCAUUCCCCCCUAUUUAUUUUUUAUUCAUUUUUUUCUCAUUUUUUCUUUUUAAUUUUAUUCAUUCAGACACUUUUUCUCUUCCUAUCUUUAUUUUUCUUUUUUCUCUUUUUUUUCUUCAUCUCUAUUUUUUUAGUUCAGCUAUAAUUCUUGUUCUUCUCUUAAUUUUCUUCUUUUCUUUUCAACACUCUUUCUUUUCCUAUCUUCAUUUUUUUUCUUUCUUCUCUUUUUUUUCUUCAUCUCUAUUUUUUAGUUCAGCUAUAAUUUUUGUUCUCUUAUUUUUCUUAAUUUCUUUUCAGGUUUUAAUUUCUUUUUUUUCCUUUUUAAAUUCAUCAUUGUUCAUUUUCUGCAGUUUCUUUUUUUUUUAUUGCUAUAGUCAUGUUUUAACAAUAUCAGUUUUAAUGUCAGCAAUCUAUUCUUUCGGAGAACACACAUUUCAAAUGCCAACUUCGUGUUUUGAUCUUUUUCUCUCUCCAUUGCACUCAUUUCGAAAUUUUCUUCCUAGUCUCCCAAAUUAUUCUUUCUUUACAUGCUUCCUUUUCUUUCUCUCAGUAUUUUGA